UGUGACGUCAAACCACGACAACAGAAGUGCGUGUGACAGAUCGUGGAGCUGCGCUAGACUGAAGAAAAACAAAAAACUUUGGGAAUAACAUGUCCUUCUACAGUUCGACCAACAUGCUCUGUCUAUUAACGUACGAGAUAUGCAACGAAUGAACUAAUAGGCGACAAGCGUAUUAUAUUUACGUUUAAAAAAGUCGCAAUUCGAGUUUGUCAGGUAACAUUAGAAGAUGCUGGGGAAACAGAAAUAACGUUCCGUGUGUUCGUUAAUGAACGUGGAAUAAGAGUCGGUGAACACAUCGGCAGGCGAAAUUCAGACUGUCCAGGAUCCAACUGCCUACUGCUUUGAACAAUUGUUUGCAUGCAGCAAAGCAGGGCGGCGAUGGUGUUGCAAUGACCGAGGGCGGCUGAGAGUCAGGGGAGAAGCUACGCAGCACCAUGGAGGGCACCAGGGCCGCCGUCUUAGCGCCGGUCAAAAGCAAAGCCCCUCGACGGGAUCGGAGGCGGCGUGUCGGGGCUUUGGUAAGGAAAGGGGGAGUCUGCCAGAACGGGACCACCUCCCCACAUGGGGAGUACACCUCGGACGGAGUGAUGGGGCUGGAGUCCUCCUUGGAGGUGCUGAAACCAUCCCUGCUGUCGAAGGGGCUGAGAGAGAGAGUGGGGGAGAAGGAGGGGGCGCGAGGAGCAGAGGUGUCACCUGAGAGGGAGGAGGGCCUUGGCUCCUGGGACAUGAAGUCUCAUGACGAAGAGGUUGUGCAGCAGGAGCAAGAGGAUCAGCAGGAGAAGGGGAGUAGUAACAGCCACAGCACCUCCAAUACGGACAGCCCUGCCCUCUCCAGUAGUUGCACAGAUUCACAGUUUCCCCUCUCCUCUGCUCUGCUCCUGACUGCAUGUGCUGCUGCUGCUGCAGGGAGGGGAGGUGUUGCCCAGGCUUGUUUACUACAACAUCUUGCUUGUUUCAGCGAGGAGCAACAAAGUUUCAUCCCAUUCUACAGAGUCCAUGUUACUGCGGAAACGGACUCAAGCGUGCAAAUGCCAGAUCUGUCCCAGACAUCGCCUCCAUCACUGUCGGACCAACUCCUCCUGGGUCGAGAGGAUGGGACGGGGGCCUUGAUCAAUGUGGAAUGUCGUAUCUGUGGAGACAAGGCCUCAGGGUUCCACUAUGGAGUACACGCCUGUGAGGGUUGCAAGGGGUUUUUCCGGCGGACCAUCCGUAUGAAGCUGGACUAUGAGCGCUGUGAGCGCAGCUGUAAGAUCCAGAAGAAGAGCAGAAACAAGUGCCAGUACUGUCGCUUCCAGAAGUGCCUGCUGCUGGGCAUGUCCCAUGACGCGAUCCGGUAUGGCCGUAUGCCGGAGGCAGAGAAGAGGAAGCUAGUGGCGGGCCUCCUGGCGGGAGAGAAAGCCCCGACCACCAACCCUAAUGGCUCGGAUCUCAAAUCCCUGGCCAAGCGGGUCAACAACGCCUAUCUGAAGAACCUCAACAUGACCAAGAAGAAGGCUCGCAGCAUCCUCACCGGCAAGACCAGCUCCAGCCCAGUAGCGUAUCCAUAUCCCUUUGUGAUUCACGACAUGGACUCCUUGUGCCAGGCUGAGAACGGGCUGGUGUGGAAACAGCUGAUCAACGGCACGACCCCCAACAAGGAGAUAGGGGUACACGUGUUCUACCGCUGCCAGUGCACCACGGUGGAGACGGUCAGGGAGCUCACUGAGUUUGCCAAGAGCAUCCCCGGCUUCGUAGACCUCUUCCUCAACGACCAGGUGACGCUGCUGAAGUACGGCGUGCACGAGGCCAUCUUCGCCAUGCUGCCUUCGCUCAUGAACAAGGACGGGUUGCUGGUGGCCAAUGGGAAGGGCUUUGUGACCCGGGAGUUCCUGCGCAGCCUGCGGCGCCCCUUCAGCGAGAUCAUGGAGCCCAAGUUUGAGUUUGCGGUUAAGUUCAACGCCCUGGAGCUGGAUGACAGUGACCUGGCCCUGUUCGUGGCCGCCAUCAUCCUCUGUGGAGACCGUCCGGGGCUGAUAAACAUCAAGCAGGUGGAGGAGAUUCAGGACAGCAUCCUGCAGGCCCUGGACCAGCACCUGCUGGCCAACCACACGGACUCAAAGUACCUUUUCCCCAAGCUGCUCAACAAGAUGGCUGACCUGCGCCAGCUGGUAACUGAGAACGCCAUGCUGGUCCAGAAGAUCAAGAAGACAGAGUCAGAGACCUCGCUUCACCCGCUGCUGCAGGAGAUCUACAAGGACAUGUACUGACUGGACUGGUUUAACUUCCUAGUACAGCAGCAGUGUUCACUCACUCCUGGUUUCUGGGAUUGGGAGUCACAGGGAGUGCAUGUUUUUGUUCCAGCCCAUCAUUAACACACUAUUCACCUCAUCAGCCAAUCAACCACGACCUUGAUCAGUUGAAUCAUGUGUGUCAGUGUUUAUUCUGACGUCUCAAUAAAAGAAUAAAGGAAAACGCUGGCUGGUGGGAGUUAUAACUAUGUAUAUGUAGCUGCACACUCUUGUUCAGAUGCAAUUGAUUGACUAUAAAUCACCAUAGUUUGGGAGGCAAGUUGCCUUCAUCAGGGUCUCUAGACUGUACGAAUGACAUGUACUGACCUGGAAUGGAGCAAGAGACUGAUGGGAGACAUACAGAGUAACAUACACCCUACCACAUAUUAAACAUGUUUGGGUGCCCGAAAUAGGUGAUUUGCGCUGUUUCAAGUGGAUGCUGUUGUAUAGCAGGCCUUUAACUAUGGUUGGACAGGACUGAUGCAGUUGAAGGGCUUGUAGUGUCCUGCUCUGAACGUGGUGAAGGUGCAGUGUCGAGGUAUUCAUUUCCAGGAGAAUACCAAACAGCUCAACAACCAACGCCACAACAAAACCAAGAGUCCUCUUUUCCCCCUAAAUGUUACAUGGAUGAUCAGCGUUGCUGUUUUUAUACAACAUAUUUUUGUAUUCUCUCUCGAUGCGCAGUGUUUUUUACAACGGUCAACACAUUCUUAACCCUGCGGUUCAGGGUCAUUACCAGACUUUGUUCUGCCAUUGUUUGUGUUACAAACUUCCUGAGAAGUCGUGAUGCUGAUAUUCAGAAAAAUGCUGAUUCUGCUUGCCUGUACAAAUGAGGGUUGUCGGCAAACAUAGGUGUCCCUUGACCGUCCGUCCCUAUCAUCUCAUCCUAAGGCCAUAACACUGGGAUAAGCUAUCACCAAACCCCCCUUAGCUCUCCUUUCCACAUGUGUAUAAAUUCACACCCCUCAACCUCCCACUGAUCUAAUCAUAGAACGGUUUGGAUUUGUUUGAUAACUCAGUCCCGGGUUGGAAUAACCUCCCUUCUGUGCUUAGUGAACAAAAUCCAUCGUCACACCCCCAGAGAAUGUGUGAUAGUAGGAGCUGUGAUUUUGUGUAUUCCUUUUAUAUAUGAAUCUCCUCCAUUUGAGGUCCACCCCCAGCCCUUCUCCUGUUAGACCAGGAAGCACACAGUCCAGUCAGUCUCACUUUUCAAUGGACACAUACAUUUAUAGAUUCUUACAACAUCCUAACCUCAAUACCUUUUAUGUUUUCUUUUGUGUACAACUGAUGGGUCUAAAACCAUGGGAUGAUGCUGUGUUGUCAUACUGUGAAGGUGAACCUGAUCACAGUGUCUGUAUAAGACGUUUUGAAUGCCUGAUUUUACUUAUGUUUACUUAAUUAUGUAUAAUUGAAGUAUGGUAUGUAUAUAUUCUUUUUCAGCCAGGUGGUGUUCUGUUAACUGCACACAGUCGACAAGCCAAACUCUAACAGUACUUUUCUCAUAUUAUGAGCUUACCGCUUUCUUUCUUUUCCUCUCUUCUUCUUCCGCUAAGUAUGGUGCUAUGGAUUUGGCCAGCUAUCGCUCCCCCGCGCAGUCUAACUUCAGACAGGGAAUGGCCCGUUCAUAAUACUUAGAGAAAAAUGGAUCUUUCUCUCUUGGUUCUUUCACUUCUUCACUGAUCUACAAAGGCCAGGUCAAAUGAAAGCAACACAGGAAAAGCUUCUGUAGUGCUUCCACCAUAUAGAUUGUACCCAUCUACAUCAUGAUCAAUUGAAGAGAGUAAGUGAGCAUUUGAAGAGUUGAAAUACAUUGCAACGGUCAAAAAAUUACUUCUAGACAAGCCAUCAGAAUUCAGAGAUGCAUGGCAGCAGGGGGACCAAUCUAAAUUGCCAUGAGAGGAAAAAGGUUUAUUCUCAUUCUUUUAGGUCAGUCAAUUAUGGUAACUGAUGAAAUACUGCACUUCCUACUGUACAUAGCAAUUAUGUAAAUGAUAUGCAAAACCAUGUAUGUUUCUGUUUUUAUUAUUUUCUAUAUUGUGACGUUAAAAUUGCUAAAAAAGUUUAUUCUAGCACGAGUAAGGGGAGGACAUGAUAUAUGUGACUCCUUGCCUAUACAGUAGAGAGGUUACAGAUAUCUCUUGAAUAAGCGCUUUAUUUAUGCUCACAGGGAGUUGAUAAAGCACAAAUGAGUGAUCUGAUGCUCACCUAACUGCAGAAACCGUUGAGACAAUGAUAAUAAUAAAGUGACAGUGUUGAACCACCUGUUCUGGUUAGAGUGCUGUAUCCACUUGGAGGCAGUGUACCCUGGGGCGGAUGGGGGGGUUCUUUCUCUCCCUGUACUCAUCUUUCUUUAAUUCUCUUACCUUCUUCCUUUCUCUCAGUAUGAAUCAUUUUAUUUUCCUGCUUUUUUUUCUGGUGCCACUAGAAAUGUCAUUGUCACGGACCGUCUGUGGUUAGUUAUAAUUACACAUUUGAUGUGUUCAUAAACUUCUAGGGAUUUUUAAACAACUUUUCAGUUACUGACUAGAACAAGUUACUAUGAAAUGUCAGCAAGGUAGUACUGCUGCAUGAGAAAAAAGCUCAAUUGUGUACAUUUUCUUUGAAAAAUUGUCAGUUUUGUCUAAUGAUUUUAUUUCUGCAUACAUAUGUAUGAGCACGACAGCACAGGUCUGAAAUAUUCUACGGUCUACCACAGCAAUACUGUGCAUUUCCCCCUAUUUAACAUCUGUAUAAACACAUGGUGUUAAACGUCUGAGGGAAAGUAUAGGAUUUCUACCUUUGGUAUAGAACUCCCUAUAAAUGAUUGAUUAAAAAACAUUGGUUAAUA